AUGGCCAACUACGGGGGAGAUUCAGUGGCGGCCGUGAAGACGCUUUCAUCUGCCAGUACCGAACGGUGGCCCUCCGAUGAACAUUAUGUACACUCGUCCAAUGGACCACUUAUCGCUACGGACGCGUCGAUCAUUGCCGGUAUGCUUCCGAUCCGGGACGUUCAGCAUUUGAUCGAGCUGGAGAACAGGAUCGUAUCGGUGCAACAGUAUGAGUGCUUGUUGGCGCACCUUCAGGUUCUUACGAUCCGUUAUCAAGGGUCUUUGAGUGAGAUGCUCCGGAACUUUAUUACCGAUCCCGUUCUGGGACAGAUUGGCUUCAUCCGCACGAAAAAUGGAACGUACAACUGUGCGAUGAAAACCGACCUUCAGCGAAUCAUGAUGGCCAUCAAAGCCUCUUGGUUUCCGGACAAGAGUCAGGAAUGUUUCGAAGUUCAAAUAGCGCAGUUGUUGAAAAAUUCCCACGCUCGUUGCAAAGCUAAAGCAAACGACGAUAAACCUCAGCCCGGAAGUCCAAAGAGUCUGGAUCAGCCUACAGUAAACUCCAUCAAAGCGGAAUAUCAGCAAACUGCUACCUACCCGCAGAAUUCGGUAGUCCCUCCGCAGAAUUUGUAUAUGUUUCAGCAGAAUCAAUGGUAUCAGUAUGCCUUGUACUAUCGGGAGCGCUAUCAGAUUGCCAGAAAAGCUAACCAGAAGAUGAAAGCCGACUAUGUUGAGCAGGAAAAGCAGUACCGGAAGCGUAUAUCCGGGUGCCUCAAGCGUGUACGGACCAUGCAGCAGUACUUAAAUGUAUUGGAAGAGCGGGUGCAGCAUUUGGAGUGA